UCCUCAAAUGCAGAASUUGAAACAAGUUGGUACUUACCACAUUUCCCUGUCGUGCGAGAGGACAAGCAGACUACCAAAGUGAGAAUAGUUUUCGACUCAGCGGUGAGAUACGGGGGGAUGAGUCUUAAUGAUGCGAUGUUGCCAGGACCGAAACUACAGCGAGAUGUAGUUGAUGUACUGCUGCGGUUUAUACAAAAUCCCGUAGCCCUAGUUGCCGAUCUGACUGAGAUGUUUUCUCAAGUUGUACUUGCAGACAAGGACAGACGGUUCCACCGCUUCUUGUGGCGGGAUAUGGACUCUAUCAGAACUCCCGACGUCUACGAGGCGGUGAGACUUCCCUUUGGCGACAGAGCAUCCCCAUUUCUUGCGCAACAUGUGGUAAGGCAACACGCUGAAGAGAACAAGGAGGAUUAC